AUGGCAAAUGGAAUAACAUCAAAUCGCAGGGAGCAAGAACUGGAAGAGUUAAAGAUUGCAAAUUACAACUUGACCAGUAACAACAGUGCUCUGUUGGCGGCUCAUGCUACCCUGCAGUCUCAAUACGUAACUCUGAAUAAGAAACAUGAAGAACUGGACAACAAGUUCAGUAAACUGCAGGAAUACUACUGUGAUGGUACAAACACAUCUCGCGAAAACACUUGCCCGCUAUGUAAAGUGGACUGGAUCCCCUUCGGUUCCAAGUGUUACUUCAUCUCCACUAAGACACUGACCUGGAGUGAGAGCCGUGAUUGGUGCCUGACAAAGGGUGGACAAUUAAUGAAUAUAGAAGACUCAAAGGAGUGGGACAUUUUAAUAAAUCGAGCUGAUAUCACCAGAGGUAAAGAGAGCGGUUAUUGGCUUGGCGGAUAUGAUGACACAACUACCAGGAUGAAUGGCGAGCCUGUAAAAUCCAAGAGAGCCAGUGAUAACUACAAAGGAAGAUGUAUGGAGAUAUUGCUGGAGUCAAAACAGGAUUUUAGAGUAAGGUGUGAAACUCUUAAUCGAUGGAUCUGUGAGUCUGCUGUAUUUCCACUUCGUAUUUAA